CAAUUGAACGUCGAGGUGAACCAGUUCUAAUUAUGUUUGUGUGUUUCUUUGGAUCGUGUAUUGCGUAUGUCGCAGUGACGCACGAGUUAGGUGGCGCCUCAUAUAACCCGAGGAGCUGUCCCCGGUGCUGAACACAGAGAAUCCCUGCUCUUAGAGAUGCUAAGUUCACUCACGACUAUCGAUUGAAACUAUUUUGCAGAGGCUGAAGACACCAUGCCGUCACUCCCCAAGCUCUCCUCUGCAGGGAUGGCCUUCCUCCUCUCCCUGCUCCAUCUCCUACUCCUGGGCUCCGGCAGUGCCCAGGGGGCCUCUCUCAGAGAACACAGACUGAGGGGCAGUGAGCUGGACCCCCAGCGAGGAGACACCCCCUACCUCCCCCCCAAUGCAGACAUGCUCAAGGCCCUGGAGUACAUUGAGAGCCUCCGCCAGCAGACCGGGGCGUCAGCCCCACAGGAGCAGGCUUCCCUCAGCUUAGACUAUGACACCACCAACAUGGACACAGACUCAGAGAAACUCCUCUCCAUGCUGAGGCUACCCUCUCCUGCCCAGACCAGUCAGAGUAAUAUAGGCCAAGGCCAGGACCAAGAUGAGGAUGAUGAGGAAGGGGAGGGCAACAACGAGAACAAGACCCAUGAGUGGCUACAGGCGGUACUGAAUACCCUCCAGCAGACCAAGAAGGGCCCCAAGCCAGCCCCUGUGAGGCCCAGUGCAGCCCGCCAUACUCUGGGCAAAGGGCGGAGACCGGCGAAGGAGGAGGACAGCCAGGUGGGAGAGGGCGUGGCGUAUCCGUGGACGCAGCGUGCUAGCCGGCCUCACAGGAAGUACCCGCUGAUGUUUGAAGAUGAAGAGGACGGUGAGGGGGAGGAAGAAGGCAGAGUCCGCGAGAGCCCCUUCAAACGCACCAAUGAGAACAUGGAGGGGAAGUACACGCCCCAGAACCUGGCCAAUCUGCAGUCUGUGUUUGAGGAACUGGGGAGGAUAGCCAAUGCCAAGGCUGGACACAAACGCCAGACUGAGGAUGAUGGUGAUGAUGACAUGUUCAAGGUGAGGAACCUGGCCUAUGAGGAUGUGACAGGGGGAGAGGAUUGGUCGCCCCUAGAGGAGCAGGUGGAUAAGGAGGACGAAGAGAAAGACAACAGGCAGGAGUUCGACAGAGGCUUGGAGGAUGAUGAAGAUGAUGAUGAUGAUAAUGAAGAUGAUGAGGAGAUUGAUGAGGUCAAGCGAUCAAGUCAGCUAGGUCCAAGAGAAUAUGACCCAGAUGACUACUACCUUCUGAAGGUGCUGGAGAAAACAGAGCAGGAGGAGCGGAAGAGAGAGCUAGAAGAAGAGGAGGAGCAGAAGAGAGAGCUAGAAGAAGAGGAGGAGCGGAAGAGAGAGCUAGAAGAAGAGGAGGAGCAGAAGAGAGAGCUAGAAGAAGAGGAGGAGCAGAAGAGAGAGCUAGAAGAAGAGGAGGAGCAGAAGAGAGAGUUAGAAGAAGAGGAGGAGCAGAAGAGAGAGCUAGAAGAAGAAGAGGAGGAGAGUGAAGAGAGGAGGGCAGCUCAAAGUCAGUACAGUGACAAGGUAGAUCCACAGGCCAUUUACCAGCUCAUCCAAAUCUCCCAGAAACUACAAAUCCCACCAGAAGACCUGAUGGACAUGCUGAAGAGUGGGGAGAUGACAAAACAGGACAGGACACCACUGAGGACAAAGGCACAGUCUUGGACACCUAAUGAUCUGGCCAGGGUAGAGGACAAACUAACUCAGAUCUCCUCUCACCAAAAAAAUAAGAUCCCUCCAGAGACAUUCUUCAACAGACUGCCUGAGACCCAAACAAGCAACAUCCCGGAAGAAAUAAACACAGAAGACAUUCUAAAAAUCCUCGGGCUGGGAAGCGUGGCAAAUCAGAACGCACCUGCAAUCAAGAAGCAGAAACAGCAUACAAGCCCGCCGUCAAGGUUUUACACGCCAGCUGGAAAGCAGAAAAACUACAUGUUCUCUGAGCCAAACGUCCCAGAGAAAGGAAAGGACGACUACGACAACACUGUCAAUGAAGACGAGCUGUCGACUUAUCUGGCUGCCCAGAUGUUGGCACAGUAUCCGCAGACAGCAAACCAAAAAAAGCGCACCUCGCAGCCUCCCUCACAAGACCAUCAGCUCGUGCUGGGAACGUUCGAGCAGGCGAUACAGGACUACUUUGACCAAAUGGACUCAGAUAAAAGCCUGCCUCAGAAAAGACAGUCAGAUCCCAAGGAGGACACGGGCAAUGUGUCACAAACGCAGGGCUUGGAUGACGACACGCUGCUGAAAAUUCUAGACUAUCUGAACCCAGAGACUGAAGAGGGCGAAGAUAAGGACCUUUAUGCCCAAACUGUCAAAGGACUGUAGAUGGUGGGGAUGUAGAUCCAUAUUAUAUUGUUUUGAUGGGGGGGGGAAUCAUAAUAAAGUAUUUUGAAAAGUAAAUACAUGCAAUGGAGUUUAGUCUCUUCACUAGAUUUACUACAGCUCAUGCUUUAAUAGCCAAUUUAUACAUGAACUUGAUCUGAUGUAGCUACAAGGGAGUGCCUAUUGGUGGUUGUAACUGAGUGUGUGGCAUAAUAUUCAAUGUUUUUGAUAGGCUAGCUAGAACAACACUAGUUACAAUAGACCACUUUAUACUAGCCGUACAUCAGUGCACAUCCACUUGUGUUCCUCCUCUUAUAUUUCGUACAUGUGUUCGGUAAUGUGUAAUGUAUGAGGUGAAUAAAGCAUUGACUUUAUUUUUUC